CCUCCAUCAAUACCCAGGCCUCCUCACACCCAGAAUUUGCCUGUCCCUGCGGGAAGUCCCACCAACUGUCUGGCCUGAGUAUCCAAGGCCUGAAAAGAGGGCAGGGGUGGAGUGACGGGGCGGGGCUCAUUUGCAUAGAGGUGCUUUGGGUUGGCAGGUCACGAGACAGUGAGAGCAGGGGAGUAGCACCCAGGACCUGGCUGAGCAAGGACGCCUUCUUUGGAGACAGCCUGCCUCUGUCUUAAACCCUUGGCGAGAUCCCAGGAGCUGCUUGGCGGGCUUGGGAGGUCUGGGAAAGAGGAGAGCGCCUCCUGCAGACCCCAGGCUUGUCCCCAGCGUGGGCUGUCCCUGCCAGGAAGGAGGCCCCAGCCUCACUGCCCCGCCGACGCCCACCCAGCUGAGCCAUGGAUAAGUUCCGCAUGCUCUUCCAGCACUUACAGUCCAGCUCCGAGUCGGUGAUGAACGGCAUCUGCCUGCUGCUAGCCGCGGUCACGGUCAAGCUGUACUCCUCUUUCGAUUUCAACUGCCCCUGCCUGGCGCGCUACAACACCCUCUACGGCCUGGGCCUGCUGCUCACGCCCCCCCUCGCCCUCUUCCUCUGCGGCCUCCUGGCCAACCGGCAGUCCGUGGUGAUGGUGGAGGAGUGGCUCCGGCCCGCAGGGCACCGCAGGAAGGACCCAGGCAUCAUCAGGUACAUGUGCUCCUCGGUGCUGCAGAGGGCACUCGCUGCCCCCCUGGUCUGGAUCCUGCUGGCCCUCCUGGACGGCAAGUGCUUCGUGUGCGCCUUCAGCACUUCUGUGGACCCCGACAAGUUUCUGGACUUCACCAACAUGACCCCCAGCCAGGUGCAGCUCUUCCUGGCCAAGGUGCCCUGCAAGGAGGACGAACUGGUCAGGGACAGCCCUGCUCGAAAGGCGGUGGCUCGCUACCUGCGGUGCCUGUCACAGGCCAUCGGCUGGAGUCUCACCCUGCUGCUCAUCAUCGCGGCCGUCCUGAUCCGCUGCCUGAGACCCUGCUUCGACCAGACGCUCUUCCUGCAGCGCCGAUACUGGAGCAACUACGUGGACCUAGAGCAGAAACUCUUCGACGAGACGUGCUGCGAGCACGCGCGGGACUUCGCGCACCGCUGCGUGCUGCAUUUCUUCGACAGUAUGCAGAGCGAGCUGCGGGCGCGCGGGCUGCGCCGAGCCCCAGCCGCCGCGGCCGGCAGCCCGGAGCCCCCAGAGGCUCUGGACGGCGGCAGCGGGAAAGCCCACCUGCGCGCCGUCUGCAGCAGGGAGCAGGUGGACCGCCUCCUGAGCUCCUGGUACUCCCGCAAGCCGCCGCUUGACCUCGCGGCGCCCCCGGGACUGUGGGGGGCCGGCGUCAGCCACCGCGCCCCAGCGCUGGCCGCCAGCACCAGGCCCUCCCAGCACAGCGAUGUGUAGGCUGCCUCCAGGCCCCAACAGCCCGCCGCGUUCCCGCGGGAAACCCCUACGCGGACAAGGGUCAGGGCGGUCCGCAAACCGCCCAGUCUCUGCCCUUUGCAGACUCUACUACGGGGCACGCUGCACCUGGGGUGCUUGUGAAACCAGGUGAGAUGGAUAAUUCAGGUCAAGGGACCAAACUCUGAGCAGCAAAAAUCUAAAUAGACCUGCCACGGUCAAUGCUAAGUGAUAAUAUGACAACCGGGGAGGCUUGUAUGGGGCUUAAUGUGCCACCCAUUGUUCUAACUUCUCCAGGUACAUUAAACUCGGUCCUCAUGGUAACCUAAUGAAGGCGUUGUGGUUAUUAGCCCCAUUUUGCAGGUGAGAAAACUAAAGCACAUGAAGGUUCAGUUGCCCAAGGUCACCCCUGUAAGAGCUGGAAUUGGGUCCCAGGAGGCCUGCCUUCUGGCUGAUUCUGCCUGUGUGUGUGUUUUCAAUGCUUUCGUUGGGUGUCUAGGGUCCUCCUGGAAAAUUCUAGCAAACUUACCAGUUCCUCUUGAAAACACUUAGUUGGUAACAGGAGUCACGGUGCACUUACUCCUCAUGUAGGAUCUCUGUCCUUAAUGUGCUGUACAUUGAGGCUUAAUGCUAUGACGAGUACUCAAACAGUAUAUUUCGCUUUGUGUUUCUAUGGGGGUACAAACUGUUGAAAUCUUUACUUAAUGUAUACCAAACUGAUCGUCUGUAAAAAAAAAAAAAAAAAGAAAGAAAUUAUCAAUUCCCAACUUGACUCUCACUGGGAUUAAACAUGACAAUAGGUCUGAUCUGAUUUCAUCAUCAUUUAAAAAAAAUCAUCUAUUAUUUUUCACUUUAUGUUUCUGUGUGGGAGCAAACUGUUGAAAUCCUUACUUAAUGUAUACUAAGCUGAUCUUCUGUAUAUUAAGAUCAUCGAAAAUGAAUC